AUGACGGGGACAGUCACAUUAGGGGCCAACCAUUUGGCUCUAUUGCCUUCAAAAUCAGAUUUAUAUGGAAAAUUACCGGGGGGAACGGGACGUUCAGACUAUUGUACAGAUCAGAGCAAAGUGGGGGAUGCGGAGAAUGGAGUGGGAGCUUAUCUUGGGAAAGGGGACCAAGCUAAGAAAUUUGUAAAAGCUUGGUGUUAUAUACAUCAGAUGAUGAGGGUCAAUAGUCUUAAUGAUGAGUUAUGUUAUCAAUUCUAUUAUUGGCUGGGAGGUAUGGUAUCGAAAAGUCAAAAUGGCCAAACUUCAUUUCAAACCGUCAUGGAUUCGAUUUACAAGGACCUAAAGAGCUCAACUCUUGGGAAUAUAUGCACUAACCUAUACCCAAGUAUUGACCAAAGUGCUUUCGAACAAAGGAAAAUAAUGUAUGAUUACACCCAAGACUACUUGUCUAUUCUAGGAUAUUCAUCUACAGGGGACGAAACAUGUGAUACAGCAUAUCACGAUCAUUUAGAAAAACUGAAGGGGGCAUGUGAUCCUAUCACAUCACACUGCAACGAAGACACAAAUAAGAAUGGUUUAUAUUGUACGUGGUUUGCAGGGAAGAAAGAUGAAUACUGUAAACCAGACAAACUAUCAAAAUUAACAUGCAAAAAAGUUAUGAACCCUGGUUCUUCUGGUCCCGGUUCCACUGGAACCUGGAAUCCAGAUUCUUCUGGUUCCGGUUCUAUUGGAACGUGGAACCCCGGUUCUUCGGGUUCCGGUUCUACAGGACAUCAGUCUCCUGGUUCCUCCGGUCCAGGUAGUACUGGAACCUGGAAACCCGGAUCCUCUGGACCAGGUUCCACGGGAACUUGGAAUCCAGGUUCUUCUGGUACCGGUUCCACGGGAAACCAGAACACUGGUAGUCCAAGACCAGGUUUUACUGGAACCUGGAACCCAGGUUCUUCCGGUACUGGUUCUACGGGAAACCAGAACACUGGUAGUCCAAGACCAGGUUCUACAGCUUCCCAAGCUGGUGGAAGUGCUGUUAUACCUGGUGCUGUGUCUGGUGCAUUAGCUGCAGUGGGACUUCCUGCCUUAGCAUACUUUUUUUACAAGUAUAAAUCACACCUCUUCCUCUUCUCCCUUAAGGGGAAUAACCACUCUGGAAAUGGAAGAAUGAGCAGAAGAAAAAGGUCCCUUAGGAGAGAAUUUAAUGAUUUUGAGGGGGAAGACGACUCAACGGAGUACGACCUAGCAACGGAAUAUUCGUCCGAAUAUUCCAUCCCAUAUACAUCAUCAUCAUCCAGAUGA